AUGAAGACGGCAUCCGUGUUUAACCAGUUCGUCAACCCCAUGGGAAUGGACGGCCUUGGGUGGAAGUUUUACCUUGUCUACUGCUGCUGGCUCCUCGUGGAGAUCACCGUCUUCUACCUUUUGUACCCUGAAACAAAAGGCUACACGCUCGAGCGCAUGCAGGAGGUCUUUGGCGACGACGUCAAAUUCGAAUGUCUCGAAGAAAAGGCGGCUAUUGCUGGAAACGAUGAUAAGGGGCCCGAGAAGGGAUUGGUCGUGGGUGACGACUACAAACACAUCGAAAAGAUUUAA